UAGCCAGCAACAGCAGUCACCUGUCACUGCUACUGCUCUCCUCUCGCGUGACACGCAUACACUCACUUCCCUCCUCUCUGAGACGUACAGCGCUCUGUUCCUUGUGUCUAGAAAUGCCGUGUGAUCGAUCCGCCGGCCUCCGGUUGGCAUGCGCCGCAUGGGGAGCAGGAGUGCUUCUAGCUGCUGCGGCUGUUGCUCCACGGGCUGUUGGUUUUCGAGCAACCGCCGUGCCGCCAACACGCUUGACCGCCUGCAGGAGCCACGGCGGCGGGGUUGGCCAUGAAAAAGGUUUCCCGAAGCGACAUCAUGCUUUACGGGCGUCUGCAAGGGCUUGGCGUGGAAGAGAUCGAUGGGUAUUAAGAAGCGGCCAGGCGGAAAGCCUUGGGAAGGAGGAGGAAGGAGCGGUGGGGAGCAUGACUAGCGACGAGGCCAACAACUGGGGCAUGGACGACAGCAUUGACGUCAACGCGAUACGCAUGAAGCUGAUGGAGAAGGCGGGGUACACCAAGCGAGAGGACUCCGACGCCGGCGAGGAGUGGAUCACGGUAGACGAGGACGGCACGGAUGAAACCAUGGACAGAAUGAAAGACGCGGUCGCAGAGUCUCUCCGCAACGAAUUGCUGGGACAAGAUUCGUUGAAUGAAGCCGACGCGUCCGCUCUUGUGGAAGAGGUCCUUCAAGACACGGACCUCGCCAAGUUCUUCGACGAAGAGUUCGAAAAAGGAACCUCCGCCUUGAGGGAGCUGGCGGAGGAGCUCAAGACGGACGAGGGAGCCGUUUCCUAUGCUGACAGGAUGGCUCAGGAGCUGGCCGAGCUGCUCCAGGUCGAAGAAGACAAGGCUGCCGCGGAGAUCGAGAGGCGACAGGCGCCGGUCAAGGCGAAGCUCGACAAGGCCACAGCCGAGCUGGAGGAAGCAGUGGCUGCCGCCGAGGAAGCGCGGCGAGAAUUCGAGGGGGAUUUCGUGCUGCAGCUCAUGAGUUUUCGCCAGAAGGGGGUGUUGCGGCAAGCCGCGUUCGUCGGCGCGGUUUUGAUCGCAAAUCAGGCGGUGUAUCAGGCGAUUUUGGUGGCGGAUGACAGGGGAGGAAACCCUGCGUUCGCCUUGGGGGGGCUGGCAGCGUCGGCUGCGCUGGUGUGGUACUACGGGUACAGACCACUCAAGCGUUAA